GCGGGCAUAGCGGGCGUCGGCCGGCAAUGCAAAUUCAUUUGCACUGUAACUGUCAUUUCGUAAGCAAGUAGAAGUGCGACUUUCUCUCCUCAUGGACUGUGUUAAGAAAAGUUUGGUUGUGUUGUGUAGAUAGCAAGGACUUGUGUGUUUCCUGCGAUUGAUUAUCCUUCAGAGUUUCAGUAACGUUACGGAGGUUGUGAAAGGGUUUUAAUUUGUUCGGCGAGUGUACAAUCAGUGUGGUGCCAGCUAGAAACAUUAAUCUCCACUCGUCAGGCCCCUGUAGUCUUCAAUAUGGCGGAUAGUGACCCGAAAGUUGACCGGUCUGAUCCGGAGUUGAAAUACCUCUCUGUUGACAGAAAUAUGUUCAAUGAUCCUGCCACCCAAGCGGAAUGGACGCAGAAAAGGUUAGUGUGGGUUCCCCACGAAUCUCAUGGCUUUGUGGCGGCCGGGAUCAAAGGCGAACGUGGCGACGAAGUGGAGGUUGAGGUUGUAGAGACCGGCAAACGGCAACUAGUUGCCAAAGAUGACAUCCAGAAAAUGAAUCCGCCCAAAUUCGACAAAGUGGAAGAUAUGGCCGAAUUGACUUGCCUUAACGAGGCAUCAGUGCUCCAUAACCUGAAAGAUCGAUAUUACUCCGGCCUCAUAUAUACGUACUCUGGGCUCUUCUGUGUCGUGGUGAACCCGUACAAACGGCUGCCUAUCUACACGGAGAAGAUCAUGGAGAGAUACAAAGGCAUCAAGCGACACGAAGUGCCGCCACAUGUGUUCGCCAUCACCGACACCGCCUACCGUUCCAUGUUGCAAGAUAGAGAGGACCAGUCCAUCCUGUGCACAGGGGAGUCGGGAGCUGGGAAGACUGAGAACACCAAGAAGGUCAUUCAGUACCUUGCCUAUGUAGCGGCUUCGAAACCCAAAAGCUCACUCUCACCGCAUACGGCACCCAGCCCGGCACUCAUCAUUGGUGAGCUGGAGCAGCAGUUGCUACAGGCAAACCCAAUUUUGGAAGCUUUUGGCAAUGCCAAAACUGUUAAGAAUGACAACUCUUCGCGUUUUGGGAAAUUUAUCCGUAUCAACUUUGAUGCUUCUGGUUAUAUUGCGGGAGCAAACAUUGAGACGUAUCUGCUGGAAAAGUCCCGUGCCAUACGUCAAGCCAAGGAUGAACGAACCUUCCACAUCUUCUACCAGCUUCUGGUUGGAGCAUCUGCAGAACAGAAAAAGGAGUUCAUCCUGGAAGACCCCAAGUCAUAUGCAUUCCUGUCCAGCGGAGGCCACCUUCCCGUGCCUGGUGUGGAUGAUGUUGCAGAGUUCCAUGCCACGUGCAAAGCCAUGUCCAUCAUGGGAAUGACAAAUGAUGACUUUUCUGCUAUUUUCCGAACAGUGUCAGCCGUGAUGCUGUUUGGGAACAUGAAGUUUAAGCAGGAGAGGAACUCUGACCAAGCCAUAUUGCCUGACAACACAAUGGCCCAGAAAGUUGCUCAUCUUUUGGGUCUGAGUGUCACAGAGAUGACCAAGGCAUUUCUCAGGCCACGAAUUAAAGUGGGCCGUGACUUUGUUACCAAAGCCCAGACGAAAGAACAGGCGGAGUUUGCGGUGGAGGCCAUUUCCAAAGCCUGCUAUGAACGUAUGUUCCGUUGGCUGGUGAAUCGCAUCAACCGAUCGCUUGAUCGUACGAAACGACAAGGAGCAUCUUUUAUCGGAAUUCUCGAUAUGGCUGGUUUUGAAAUAUUUGAGCUGAAUUCCUUUGAGCAGCUUUGCAUCAACUACACAAAUGAGAAGCUUCAGCAACUUUUCAAUCACACGAUGUUCAUUCUGGAGCAGGAGGAGUACCAGCGCGAAGGCAUUGAAUGGAAAUUUAUUGACUUCGGUCUCGAUCUUCAGCCUACCAUUGACCUUAUUGACAAGCCGAUGGGCAUUAUGGCCCUGUUGGAUGAAGAAUGCUGGUUUCCUAAAGCUACUGACAAAUCAUUUGUUGAGAAGCUGGUUGGUGCUCACAGUGUCCAUCCGAAGUUCCUCAAGACAGAUUUCCGCGGCGUAGCAGACUUUGCCGUCAUUCAUUAUGCGGGGCGUGUGGACUAUUCUGCUGCCAAGUGGCUCAUGAAGAACAUGGACCCCCUGAACGAGAAUGUGGUGUCUCUUUUGCAGGCAUCACAAGAUCCUUUUGUUAUACAUAUCUGGAAGGAUGCUGAGAUUGUGGGCAUGGCGCAGCAGGCUCUUACAGACACCCAGUUUGGUGCUCGAACUCGCAAGGGCAUGUUCAGGACUGUAUCACAGCUAUACAAGGAACAACUGGCGAAGCUCAUGGUGACGCUCAGAAAUACGAACCCCAACUUCGUACGAUGCAUCAUACCAAACCAUGAGAAACGCGCUGGCAAGAUCGAUGCGCCACUUGUUCUUGACCAGCUGCGAUGCAAUGGUGUUCUCGAGGGAAUUCGAAUUUGCAGACAGGGCUUCCCCAACCGCAUACCUUUCCAGGAAUUCCGACAGAGAUAUGAACUUCUCACUCCGAAUGUUAUUCCUAAAGGCUUUAUGGAUGGAAAGAAAGCCUGUGAAAAAAUGAUCCACGCCUUGGAGCUGGAUCCUAACUUAUAUCGUGUUGGUCAGUCCAAGAUUUUCUUCCGUGCUGGUGUACUGGCACAUUUGGAAGAGGAACGAGAUUAUAAGAUCACUGACCUUAUUGUGAAUUUCCAAGCUUUCUGUCGUGGAUACUUGGCCAGAAGGAACUUCCACAAGCGCACGCAGCAGCUUAAUGCAAUCCGCAUCAUCCAGCGCAACUGCGCAGCUUAUCUGAAGCUGCGCAACUGGCAGUGGUGGCGACUCUACACAAAGGUGAAGCCCCUGCUGGAGGUGACAAAGCAGGAGGAGAAACUCACGCAGAAGGAGGAUGAGUUGAAGCAGGUGAAGGAGAAACUCGAUGUUCAGUUACGGUCGUCUCAGGAGAGUGAGAGGAAGUUGCAACAGGCGUUGGAGGAGAAGAUAACACUACAGGAGCAACUACAGGCUGAAGUGGAGCUCUGCGCAGAAGCUGAGGAGAUGAGAGCAAGGCUGGCAGCCCGUAAACAGGAACUGGAGGAAAUCUUACAUGACCUGGAAGCCCGUAUCGAGGAAGAAGAGGAAAGAUCGAACACCUUACUGGCGGAGAAAAAGAAAUUGCAGCUGAAUAUACAGGACUUGGAGGAGCAACUGGAAGAGGAGGAAGCGGCAAGACAGAAGCUGCAGCUGGAGAAAGUGCAGUGCGAUGCCAAGAUCAAGAAGCUGGAGGAAGAUUAUGCUCUCAGCGAAGACACAAACCAAAAGCUGCUGAAAGAGAAGAAGUUGCUGGAAGAGCGUUCAGCUGACUUAUCUCAAACCCUUGCUGAGGAAGAAGAGAAAGCCAAACAUCUGGCAAAGCUGAAGACCAAGCAUGAAGCAACAAUCGCUGACCUGGAGGAGAGAUUGCUGCGGGAUCAGCAGCAGAGACAAGAGAUGGACCGCAGCAAGCGGAAGGUGGAGACUGAAGUGAGUGACCUGAAGGAGCAGCUGAACGAACGCCGUCUCCAGGUGGAGGAGCUGCAGCUGCAGCUCGGCAAGCGUGAAGAGGAGCUUACGCAGGCUCUCAUGAAGAUCGAUGAGGAAGGUGCUGGCAAGGCUCAGUCGCAGAAGGCUCUUCGUGAACUGGAAUCCCAGCUGGCUGAGAUCCAAGAAGAUCUGGAAGCUGAGAAGAUUGCUCGCAGUAAAGCAGAGAAACAAAAGCGGGACUUGAACGAGGAAUUGGAGGCGCUGAAGAAUGAGCUUCUGGAUUCUCUGGACACCACAGCAGCACAGCAGGAGCUGCGCACCAAGCGAGAACAGGAACUUGCCACCCUGAAAAAGAGUCUAGAAGAAGAUGCUGCAUCUCACGAGAUAGCAAUAGCAGAAAUGAGGCAUAAGUACAGCCAGGAUGUGGCCCUCAUCAACGAGCAGAUGGAGGCUGUCAAGAAGGCCAAGAGUGGUUUGGAGAAGGUGAAAUCACAACUAGAGGCUGAAAAUGCUGAUCUAACCACAGAACUGCGAUCAGUGGGUGCAAAUCGGCAGGAAUGUGAACGCCGCCGCAAGCAAGCCGAGAGUCAGCUGGCAGAGGUGCAGAGCAAGGCAGUGGAAUUAGAACGGUCACGUGCAGACCUCUUAGACCGAUUCACCAAGUUGCAGCAAGAAUCUGAUGCCAUUGCAGCACAGUUAGAGCAGGCAGAACUGCGGACAUCUGCAGCCACCAAGAGUGCGGCCACUAUGGAGACGCAGCUGGGCGAGGCACAGACGCAACUGGAAGAAGAGACGAGGCAGAAGCUUGCUCUGAGCUCGAGAUUACGACAGCUCGAGAGCGAGAAGGAGGCCCUGCAGGAACAGGUAGAAGAAGAGGAGGAAGCAAAGAGAAACCUGGAAAAACAGAUCCUCGCUGCAUCACAGAAUCUUGCUGAUGCCAAGAAACGAAUUGAAGAGGAAGCAGAACAGGUCAACCAACUCGAGGAGGUUAAGAAGAAGUUAGCAAAGGACAUUGAAGCAUUGCAGCGCCAGGUUGAAGAGCUGCAAGCAGCCAACGAUAAACUGGAUAAAUCUAAGAAGAAGUUGCAAGCCGAGCUAGAAGACUCCAAUAUAGAUCUGGAAGCUCAGAGAGCUAAGGUCCUUGAACUGGAGAAGAAACAGCGUAACUUCGACAAGGUGUUGGCUGAGGAGAAGGCUGUGGCCGAGCAGAUUGCGCAGGAGCGUGAUGCAGCAGAGAGGGAAGCUCGAGAGAAGGAGACGAGGGUCCUGUCUCUGACGAGGGAGAUAGAUGAAAUGAAUGACAAAGUAGAAGAACUGGAACGAGGUCGUCGCCAGCUACAGGCUGAGUUGGACGAACUGGUCAACAACCAGGGCACUGCCGAUAAGAAUGUUCACGAGCUGGAGAAGGCAAAGCGGGCACUGGAGAGCCAGCUUGCAGAACAGAAAGCUCAGAAUGAAGAACUUGAAGAUGAACUGCAGUUCACUGAGGAUGCAAAGUUGAGACUGGAAGUCAACAUGCAGGCACUGCGCGCCCAAUUCGAGCGAGAUCUUCAGGCGAAAGAAGAGCAGGCGGAGGAGAAGAGGCGUGGCCUGCUGAAACAGCUGCGAGACUUGGAAGCAGAGCUCGAAGAUGAACGCAAACAGAGAGCUAAUGCCCUCUCCCAGCGGAAAAAACUUGAAGCUGACCUCAAGGACAUGGAACAGCAGCUUGAAAUGCAUGAUAAGAUUAAGGAAGAUGCACUUAAACAGCUCAAGAAAUUGCAGGUCCAGGCCAAGGACUCUGCUCGAGAUGCAGAGGAAGCAAGGGCCUCAAGAGAUGAACUGGCUGCGGCAGCCAAGGAGACAGAGAGAAAGCUGAAGAGCUUGGAAGCAGAGCUGGUGCAGAUGAGUGAGGACCUCGCCAGUGCUGAGAGAGCGAAACGAGCUGCAGAGAGUGAGCGUGAUGAGCUGCAAGAGGAAAUCAACAGCAAUUCCAAUAAGGGUACGCUCCUGCUCGAUGAGAAGCGACGACUGGAAGCGCGUAUUGCAACUUUGGAGGAAGAGUUGGAGGAGGAGCAGAGCAACUCGGAAAUCCUCAUGGACCGAGCACGCAAGGCACAGAUCUCUAUCGAGCAGCUCACGACAGAUUUGGCGGCAGAACGAUCAACUACACAGAAACUGGAGACAGGGAGAAUGCUGCUCGAAAGGCAGAACAAGGACUUGAAGGCGAAGUUGGUAGAACUGGAGACUGCUCAGAGGACCAAGACCAAGGCCACCAUUGCCACACUGGAGAGUAAGAUCAAUAAUUUGGAAGAACAGCUGGAAGCAGAAGCCAAGGAGCGAUUUGCGCAGCAGAAGACGAACCGCAAGCAAGAAAAGAAACUGAAGGAACUGGUGAUGCAGCUGGAAGAUGAACGGAGGCACGCUGACCAGUACAAGGAACAGGUGGAGAAGGUCAACAUGAGAGUGAAGGGGCUGAAGAGGCAGCUGGAUGAGGCAGAGGAAGAAAUAAGUCGUGAGAAGGCACAGAAGCGGAAAGCGCAGAGGGACAUGGAGGACAUGAUGGAGUCACACGAGGCCAUGUCAAGAGAACUGACCAACCUCAAAAACAAACUCAGGCGUGGUGGGGCAGGAACAGGCAUUGGGCUUCCACGGCUGACAGGAACGAAACGGGGUUCCCUCCCAACAGGCAGUGGUGAUGAUUCGUCUAUUCAGGACGACUCUGUGGAUGGAGAGGAGGCACCAAACUAGACACGUAUCGUCAGCUACCAUGUCUUCCAACUUAUAAAGCAUGCAGUGACGUGUCUGUUUUGUACGGAGGUUCCAGUAUGAGAGAGAAGUUCUAUAGAGAAGCCGGGGUGGAGACGAGAUGAAACAUGUUUAUAGAAUGCAAUCCCUGCUUAGAGGAGAACUCACUAUGCUCCAGGAAUGUGAUAAAUGUUAAGGUAAAGAAUGAAGGUCACUUUGUAUUGUUGUUUACAUAUACACUGAAUAUAUUUCAGUUAACAGUUAUAACUUUUUUUUAAUUAGAAUAACUCGGAGGGCUCACUGAUCCCCCACGUGCCAAGCUGCUAGGACUGUUUUUAAAACAUUAUAUGUCAUUGUGCAUCUGUCAUUAGUAAAUGUAUGCAGAAGUCAUUCGAUCUGUGAACAUUAGUCCAUAUAGUCUUUCUUUCUUUUUCUCCCCCCCCCCCAAUUUAAAAGUGACCUGUUUAAAAAACGUGCCUGUAUUUGGUAUUUCUGAGCAGUAAACCCAAGCUGCAGCUGGCUAGAGAAACUGCUUGUUUUAAGUUAACGUUUCUUUGCCUUCACAUUUAUCACAAUUAAACCAUAUUAUUGGUCCUCCUUUUAGUCCAUGAACAUUGUUUUGUACUUGCAGUUGUAACACAAAUGUUACCAUAAUAUGCAAGUUUAAAAAUGAAUUACCAAGGACGUUUCUGUACAUACAUCUGUGGUACAACUGCUUUGAAAUGAAAUUUCAGGCAGUGUGUUCUGUGCCAGCAAGAGGUCAGUGCUUGUUUUAUGUCUGUUGAAAUCUUGCGUUUUGGUGGACUGUAAUCAUGAAAGAGCUUAAGUACAGUAAUUAUUCUGUUUAACUCUGUGAUUUAGUAGUGAUGUAUGCCUGAAUAGUAGUGUAUUUUAACAAGAUUCGUUCUCUUAAGAAAAUUUGUGAGAACAAAGCACAUUCCCCUUGCUUGUGUGUGAAAGAAAGGAAAAAAAAAAGUAAAAUUGCUCAUUCCAAAAUACUUGUUUACAAUGGAAACAAUGUUAAAAAGUUUGGUUUAAAUGGAGAAAUUUUGCAUAUCUACUAACACUUAAAAGUACACUGCGUCUGAUGAGUCCAGUGGUGGUGUUGUAAUGGGUACUGGUUCAUCAUAUUCUUUUGGAAUACGGAUGUAGAAGAAUGGAUGGAAAUGGACGAGAAGAUUUUGUUGGCUCCUGACCACAAAAUGCCUUAUUGUUGUAAUAAGGGGUCUUUUUCAUAACUGCAAUUAAUAUUGAUUAUGAUUAUAUUUGAAUAAGAAUGUUACUUUGAAAACUAACUCACAUUUUUCUAAAUGGUGCAAGAGAGAGACCAAUUUGUAAUUUGUACAGUUUGUUGUGAAUGUUUUAAAACUGGUGAUCGGUUAAAAUGCUUGAAAAAUGUAUUGAUUAUAUUAACCCAUACAUGCCUUCAUUUUCUACUUCAUUUCUAAGAGCCUGGAAUACUUAGUACAUGUAAUAUUAACGAAUCAAGAGUACUUAGCUCGAAUUUUGUAAUUUAAGGAUUUUUUUUUUCAUAAUAUUUUUGCUGUCGUGCCAGGAUGGUGUGAAUGGAAGUGUUGUCAGUUGCGAGUAAAUGUAAAUAAAUAACAAAUAGCUUUUAAACUUUACCAUGCCCUGAAAGAAUUUGUUUUUUCUUUCUGGAAAUCAAUUGAUUGGUGAAAGUGAGAAGUCAGUCAUCUUGUUAUUAUAUAAACCUGGUUAAUAAAAUAACAGUAGUAUUA